AUGAUCGAAAGAAUCAAUAAUAAUACAAAUCCCGUUCUUGUUGAUCGUUAUGAGAUAAAACCUGAAUCGAAAUCAAAGGAGAGUAAUGAUGCUACUACUGCUUUAAAUAUUGAUACUCCUGAUGUUCAAUCAACCACAGAAAAGGAUUCGAUAAACCUACUGGAUAUUACUGACGAUAUUGAUGUUACUUCGAGUGAAAUUAAUAAUGAAAUGAAUGAUCCUAUUAUGAUUCAAUUAACAAACAUGAUAAUGAGAGAUGGAAAAAAAGCUAGUGCCCAACGUUAUGUAGCCGAUUGUUGUCUGGAAAUUCGUAAACAAACCAAAAACAAUCCAUAUCAAAUUAUUAAAGCUUCUAUCGAAAAAACUUCUCCUUUAGUUCGUCUUAUAGGUUAUAAACAAAAUUCAAAGAAUAUACAAAUUCCUAUUCCACUUAACGAACGUCAAAAACGUCAUAAGGCUAUUAAAUGGAUAUUAAAUGCUUCGGAUAAAAGACCUGGAAAAAAAUUCAGUGAAAGAUUAGCUUUAGAAAUUUUAGCUGUUAUUAAUGGUCAAAGUCCUGCAUUGCAACAAAGAGAAUCAGUGCAUAAAGCGGCACUUGUAAAUAGAGCAAAUUUACCAGUCAAAUGGUAA